GAGCCCCCCGCCAUGACGUCCUACCGGCAGGAGCUGGAGAAGUACAAAGACAUCGACGAGGACAAGAUCCUGCGGGAGCUGUCGGCAGAGGAGUUGGCGCAGCUCGACCUGGAGCUGGCCGAGAUGGACCCCGAGAACGUGCUGCUGCCCGCGGGGCUGCGCCAGAGGGACCAGACGCAGAAGAGCCCCACGGGGCCCCUGGACAGGGAGGCUCUGCUGCAGCACCUGGAGAAGCAGGCGCUGGAGGCUGCCGAGCGCCAGGACCUGGUGCCCUUCACCGGCGAGAAGAAAGGGAAGCCUUUUGUGCCCAAGAACCCAACGAGGGAGAUCCCCAGGGAGGAGCAAAUCACUCUGGAGCCAGAGCUGGAGGAGGCCUUGGCCAACGCCACCGAGGCCGAGAUGUGCGACAUCGCCGCCAUCCUGGGCAUGUACACCCUGAUGAGCAACAAGCAGUACUAUGAUGCCAUCUGCAGCGGCACCAUCUCCAACACCGAGGGCAUCAACAGCGUGGUGAAGCCGGACAGCUACAGCUACAAGCCGGUGCCAGACGAACCUCCCAACCCCACGGACGUGGAGGAGACCCUGAGGAGGAUCCAGACCAACGAUGAGGCCCUGCAGGAGGUCAACCUCAACAACAUCAAGGACAUUCCUGUCGCCACGCUGAAGGCCAUCUGCGAGGCCAUGAAGGCCAACACCCACGUCCGCAAGCUCAGCCUGGUGGCCACCCGCAGCAACGACCCCGUGGCCGCUGCUGUGGCCGAGAUGCUGAUGGAGAACAAGACCCUGGAGAGCCUCAACAUUGAGUCCAACUUCAUCACCAGCGCCGGGAUGCUGAGCAUCAUCCGAGCCAUGCACCACAACCGCAGCCUCACGGAGCUCAAGGUGGACAACCAGUGCCAGCGGCUCGGGGACUCGGUGGAGAUGGAGAUGGCUUCCAUGCUGGAGCAGUGUCCCUCCGUGGUGCGCUUCGGCUACCACUUCACGCAGCAGGGACCCCGCGCCCGAGCCUCCAUCGCCAUCACCAACAACAACGAACUCCGUCGCAAGCAGAAGAAAACCUAAGGGCCCCCAGCCCCCUCCCUCCCCCCCAGCCCUCAACCCCUCUUCCCCAGCCCCAUCCCAGUGCUGUAAAUAAAGAGAGUACUGAGCUUGGGAUCUGCUG